GUUCUUUUCACUUUCCUAAUGUGUUUGUGUUCAUACAAUAAAGUCAUCAGUGUAUGUGCGUGCCCUCGUGUUGAUUUUCGCUGGUACGCGCAGGAGUUAGUUUGAGCUAUUUUUCUCCAGUACCAGAAUCUUUUUAUGCUAAUUUCAUCGCAUUCUUGGAAAGUUUCCGACGACUUUGACGCUACCACCCCCCCUCUCUCUCCCUCUCUCUCUCUCUCUCUCUCUCUCUCUCUCUCUCUCUCUCUCUCUCUCUAUAUAUAUAUAUAUGUAUAUAUAUAUAUAUACAUACCCAUUAAAUCAUAAAACGCUUGGCCCCGGAUUUGAUCGGAGCUUCGCUUUCCCAAAGAAGCAGCACGAUAUACAACAGGAUAUGCGCGACCCUUUUAAUUCUCCAGUAGAUAUUGAAAAUGCGGAUCACCGGUCACCGAUUGAGCUCACACGGCCCGAUGUGAUGUCACCUCAUACGGAUUAUAUGCUUGGGAAUGGUGACUCUGGGCCGUCGAUAUCGAGCUCCGAUUAUUUGGUCAGGCAUCAAAAUCACAGAGCAUCUAUUCCCAAUAAUUCAAGCGGGGAAGAACUCAAUACCCGUUUCUUGGAUCCAGAAAUCACGGAACUUUACUCUAGAUCUCGUUUCCAGGAAGACGAGAUCGUGAUUCUUCAAAAGCAAAUUGCACAUGCCUGCUUGAGAGAGCUUGAGUUGCUGAAUGAGAAGCACAUUUUGGAGAGAAAGCUUUCUGAAUUACGACUGGCAAUUGAUGAGAAGGAGGAUGAUGCCAUAUCUGGGGCCUUAAAAGAAUUAACUCAGAAGAAAAACCAUCUGGAAGAAAAUAGAAGGCUUGUUAAUGAUAUAAAAAUUGCAGAGGAGGAAGUAUACAAAUUCACAUCUUCUUUGAUCAGCUUGUUGGCUGAAUACAAUAUUCGUCCCCCUUUGCUAAAUGCUUCAACACUGACAAGUGGCGCAAAGCACUUAUACCAAAAUAUGGAAUGGAAGAUCAGAUCUUUGAAUAAAAUGCAGGGGUCAAAGCAUCAGUACCCUCAGCAACCAAGCAAUCAGCAUGUCGAGCCGGUGUUUGACAAAACAGGCUUCAUUCAUGACUAUGACCUGAUGGAUCCCAGGGAGACUGUAGGUCCUAGUGGUGCUUAUUUCGAAGAUAAUACUGGCGAUGGAGGAAACUUACGAUCAAAUGCCGAUUUACAGUUUUACAUGCUCAACGCGCAAGACAAUCAUGAAUACUCUCUUGAUGUUGGUGUACUAGGUGAGUUCCCCUUCCCCGGUAUAAACGAUUUUCAGAUUGCUGGUGAGGCUAGGCCAGGUUGCACUUUAAGAGCUUGCGGCUUUCCUACAAAUGGUACUACUCUAUGUAUCUUUCAGUGGGUUAGGUAUCGCGAAAAUGGCACUAGGGAGUCCAUUGAAGGUGCCACAGUGCCAGACUACGUGGUAACUGCUGAUGAUGUUGAUACCCUUCUUGCUGUAGACUGCACACCGAUGGACGACAAUGGCCGCCAGGGUGAAUUGGUGAGGGUGUUCGCCAACAAUCAGAACAAGAUAACCUGUGAUCCAGACAUGCAGCGUGACAUCGAUUCAUAUACUUCUGCUGGAAGGGCUACAUUUAAUGUUUUAUUACUGGUUGAUUCUUCCGAUGAUUGGGAAUUAACAAAUUUGAUCUUGAGGAGAACUGGCUACCAGAUUAAGGUUAGACAGACUGAGGCAGUGCUAUUUGAAGAGAAAUAUUCAUCGGAUUUGCAUAUCAAAGUUCCUUAUGGAUUCUCAAACCAAUUUGUGUUAGUAACUUCCAGUGGUACAAAUUUACCGUUUAGCACCGGGGGAACAUCUCAGCCGUCAAGCACGGAAAAUGAUGUCCGAUUGCGCGAUAUUGUUGUUUUGACCAUGAGGAUUUUCCAGAGUAAGGCUGUCGACGGUAAAAGGAAAGGCAAGGCAUAAGACAUUCAUUACCUUUUGGAGCACUACGAUCCUUAUAAAAGAAAUUUUGCUGAUUCUUUUUUCUUUCUUUCUGUGUGUUUUUUUUUUUUUUUCUUUUGGGGUGUUUGUUCAGCACUGCUGUAACUUGUACCACGUUGUAUGUAAUUUUGUUGUAAUGCAUUCAUGUGUAGAAUAGCUUGUCCGCAUUCUUAUAUUAACUUUGUUACAAUAUUAUAAUCAUUAUUGAUAACUGCAUUCGGAUGUAGGAAUAAAUUUCA